CCGCGCACCACUGCCGGGCUCCGCUCCGCCGCGCCGGCCCCGCUCCCGCCCUCCCGCCAAUGACGGCCGGGGCCGUCACCGCGCUGCGUCACGGCGCGGCCGCCAAGAUGGCGAAGGUGUCGGAGAUGUACGACGUGACUUGGGAAGAUAUGCGUGAUAAAAUGAGGAAAUGGAGGGAAGAAAACUACCGAAACAGUGAACAGAUAGUGGAUGUUGGGGAAGAGUUAAUUAAUGAAUAUGCAUCUAAACUUGGAGAUGACAUUUGGAUAAUUUAUGAACAGGUGAUGAUUGCUGCCCUGGACUGCAGUCGAGAUGAUUUGGCGCUGUUUUGUCUUCAGGAGUUGAGACGGCAGUUUCCUGGGAGCCACAGAGUUAAACGAUUAACUGGGAUGAGAUUUGAAGCCAUGGAAAGGUAUGAUGAUGCUAUCCAGUUAUAUGACAGAAUUUUACAAGAAGAUUCAACUAAUACAGCAGCAAGAAAGCGUAAGAUUGCCAUUCGAAAAGCCCAGGGGAAAAAUCUCGAGGCCAUCCGAGAGCUGAAUGAGUAUCUGGAACAAUUUGUUGGUGACCAAGAAGCUUGGCAUGAACUUGCAGAACUUUACAUCAAUGAACAUGACUAUGCAAAGGCAGCCUUCUGCUUAGAGGAGCUUAUGAUGACUAAUCCACACAACCACUUAUAUUGUCAACAAUAUGCUGAAGUUAAAUACACUCAGGGGGGGCUUGAAAACCUUGAGCUGUCAAGGAAGUAUUUUGCACAAGCACUGAAGCUUAACAACAGAAAUAUGAGAGCUCUAUUUGGACUUUACAUGUCUGCCAGUCAUAUUGCUUCCAAUCCAAAAGCAAGUGCAAAAAUGAAGAAAGAUAAUAUGAAAUACGCCAGCUGGGCAGCAAACCAAAUAAACAGAGCAUACCAGUUUGCAGGUCGCAGUAAGAAAGAAACUAAAUACUCUUUGAAGGCAGUGGAAGACAUGUUGGAGACUCUGCAAAUCACUCAGUCUUAGCUUGGCACAGAGCUCUAAUAUGAAAUUUUCCAAUACCACACUCAACCUGUAAUGACCUGUGGGUUAUGUUACUCUAGUGCUGUUAAAAGUUAAUUUUGUAUUGAUUACGUGCUAUAUAAAAUAACAUUUUAUGAAAAGUAAAAUGCCUAUUUAUUGCUGCUAUAAGAAAUGUGAUGAAUACCCACUGAAAUGAAUAACUUAUCCACAUAAACAACACGAAGAAAUUGCGUGCUGCACAUCAGUAUCCUCAGAUUUUUGUAUGUACAGUACCCGCUUCUAAGCCAUAAUUUGUAGAAAUAAACUUGUUAAAUGAUUAAGAAAA